CUGGCUUGGGGGGAGGUGUCAGGUUACUUGGCUUAGAGAUGGCGCAAACCAGGUCCAAAGCCCGAGCUCUUCCCAAACAGCCGAAGGCGAAGGCGGGGCCCGGAAGGAGGGGUUGGCCGUUGCCGAGUCCUGGGAGAAGGGGCGGUGGGCAGGGCCAGGUGGGAAGUGGGGACUCAAGGCGCCCAGUUCAGGUAGAGGAAGUUGGGUAACGACUAGCUCAGAAGCCAGGCACUGGAGGGACAGGGAGCUCCGGGCGCCCGCAGGGCGAGGGCGUGGGGGUGGCCCGCGAACCGGCUAGGCGGGGCAGGUGAGGGGCGGGGCGCGGGUCCAACCUGGCCCUGGCGGGUCGGAAGAGGCCGGGGCGCUGCACAGUAGCACCUGGGGGUGCGGAGCGCGACCCCACCCGGACCCGACUCCUCCUAUCCCAGUUCCGGUUCCAGCGUGGCUCGCAGCCAGGUGACUGCUACACAGGUCAUGCAGCUGUCUCCUGACCCAGCCGGCCCUGCCAGGUGACCAUGCCUGCCCUCGGCCCAGCUCUUCUCCAGGCGCUCUGGGCCGGGUGGGUCCUCGCCCUCCAGCCCCCUCCACCGGCCGCAUUUACACCUAACGGCACACAGCUGCAGCAUCUGGCCAGGGACCCCGCCUCAGGCACCCUCUACCUAGGGGCCACCAACUUCCUGUUCCAGCUGAGCGCUGGGCUGCAGCUAGAGGCCACGGUGCCUACCGGCCCCGUGCUGGACAGCAGGGACUGCCUGCCGCCCGUGAUGCCCGAGGAGUGCCCCCAGGCCCAGCCCACUGACAACCCAAACCAGCUGCUCCUGGUGAGCCCGGGGGCCCUGGUGGUGUGCGGGAGCGUGCACCAGGGCGUCUGUGAGCAGCGGCGCCUGGGCCAGCUCGGGCAGCUGCUGCUGCGGCCAGAGCGGCCGGGGGUUCCUGCGGCGGGACCUGCAGGCCCCAUCGAGAGCCUUCCGCGCCUACGUGUCCCGCGUGUGCCUCCGGGACCAGCACUACUACUCCUACGUGGAGCUGCCCCUUGCCUGCCAGGGUGGCCACUACGGACUGAUCCAGGCCGCGGCUGUGGCCACGUCCCAGGAGGUGGCUCGGGGGGUGGUGCUCUUUGCAGCUUUCUCCUCAGCUGCGCCCCCCGCCACGGGCCGACCCCCCUCGGCAGCUGCUGGAGCGUCCGGGGCUUCUGCUCUCUGUGCCUUCCCCCUGGACGAGGUGGACCGGCUCGCUAACCGCACCCGGGAUGCCUGCUACACCCAGGAGGGCCGCGAGGGCCGCGCGGAGGACGGGGCCCAGGUGGCCUACAUAGAGUACGAUGUCAACUCUGACUGUGCCCAGCUGCCGGUGGACACCCUGGAUGCCUAUCCAUGUGGCUCAGACCACACACCCAGCCCCAUGGCCAGCCGUGUUCCUCUGGAAGCCACACCAGUCCUGGAGUGGCCAGGGGUUCAGCUGACGGCAGUGGCGGUCACCACGGAGGAUGGACACACCAUUGCUUUCCUGGGUGACAGUCAAGGGCAGCUGCACAGGGUCUACUUGGGCCCCGGGAGCGAUGGCCGCCCGUACUCCACACAGACUAUCCAGCAGGGAGCUGCCGUGAGCAGAGACCUGACCUUCGAUGCGACCUUCGCGCACCUGUAUGUGAUGACCCAGAGCACGCUCCGGAAGGUCCCGGUGGCCUCCUGCGCCCAGCACCUGGACUGUGCAUCCUGCCUUGCUCACAGGGACCCCUACUGCGGGUGGUGUGUGCUCCUCGGCAGGGGCGGCCGCCGUUCCGAGUGCUCGCGGGGCGAGUCCCACCAACAUCAGCCGAGCGGAGAGGAGGGAGGUUUUCCUCUCUGUGCCAGACCUGCCACCCCUGCGGCCAGGGGAGCUGUACUCCUGCCACUUUGGGGAGUAUCGGAGUCCUGCGCUGCUGACUGGUUCCGGUGUGGUGUGCUCCUCCCCAGACCCCAGGGAGGCUCCGGUGGUGCAAAGAGGAGCUGACCACGUCGCGGUGAGCGUGGAGCUCCGGUUUGGUGCCGUGGUGAUCGCCACCGCCUCCCUGUCCUUCUACGACUGCGUGGCCGUCGCUGAGCUCCGCCCGUCCGCGCAGUGCCAGGCCUGUGUGAGCAGCCGCUGGGGAUGUAACUGGUGUGUCUGGCAGCACGUGUGCACACACAAGGCCUCCUGUGACGCCGGGCCCAUGGUGGCCAGCCUGCAGAGCUCGCGUCUCUCCCCAGCCCCUCCUGCCAGAGACGUGCCCACCCAAUCCCCACCCACAGCCCCCAGGGCCAUGGUCACCCCAGCUCCAGACACCCUCCCCGUGGAGUCCGGGGGUCCCUCCACAGCUGUAGCCCCUGACGUUCCACCUGGGACCAGUCCUACCCCACUCAGCCCCGGGGGACCGUGGGCAGGUCCCAGCCCCGUCCCUCCUCCCAUCCCUACAGAGUCCCCUCUCCAUGAGGAGCCCCUGCCUCCUGGCCCCCCAAACAGGCCUAGCACUGCUGUCCCUGUCACUCCUGACUCUGGACCCACGGCCCCUCCUGAGGACCUCUCGGCCGCUCACCCCUCGCCUUCAGAGGCCGCAGCAGUGCCGCCCGCAGCCCCUAGCCCUGAGGUCCUGCCCUCGGAGGUGGCCCUGGCCCAGCCCCCUGGCACUGCUCCUGCCACCACUUUCCCAGGGGCCGCCGGCUCCACGAAGCCUGCUCUGGACUGGCUCAUGAGAGAAGGCGGCGAGCUGCCCGAGGCGGACGAGUGGACCGGGGGUGACGCGCCCGCCCUCUCCGCUUCCACCCUCCUCUCAGGUGAUGGAGACUCCACGGAGCACGAGGGCCCGCCCGCCCCCCUCAUCCUGUCCAGCCUCGACUACCAGUACGACAGCCCCGGGCUCUGGGAGCUGGAGGAGGUGACCUGGGGGCCCAGCUCCUGCCCCUGCGUGGAGAGCGUUCAGGGCCCCGCACUGCUGCCGGUCCACGUGGAGCGCGGCGUCCGGCUGCUGGGCCGGAACCUGCGCCUCUUCCAGGACAGCCCGGGGGACAGCGAGUGUGUGUUGGAGCUAGAGGGUCUUGAGGUGGCAGUUGAGGCCCGGGUCGAGUGUGAGCCACCUCCCGACACCCAGUGCCAGAUCACAUGCCAGCAGCACCAGUUUAGCUACGAGGUCCUGCAGCCAGAACUGCGGGCAGGGCUGUUCCUGCGGCGUGCCGGCCAGCUGCGCGUGGACAGUGCCGACGGGCUACACGUGGUCCUGUACGACUGCUCCGUGGGACACGGGGACUGCAGCCGCUGCCAGACCGCCGCGCCCCAGUAUGGCUGUGUGUGGUGCGAGGGGGAGCGGGCACGCUGCGUGGCCCGGGAGGCCUGUGGCAAGGCGGAGGCCGUGGCCGCCCAGUGCCCUGCGCCCCUUAUCCACUCGGUGGAGCCAGUGACUGGGCCUGUGGACGGAGGUACCCGUGUCACCAUCAGGGGCUCGAACCUGGGCCAGCGUGUGCAGGACGUGCUGCACACAGUCAGGGUGGCUGGGGUGCCCUGUGCAGUGGACACCCAGCAGUACGAGGUCUCCAGCAGCCUCGUGUGCAUCACUGGGGCUAGCAGGGAGGAGGUGGCCGGUGAUGUGGUGGUGGAAGUGCCAGGAAGAGGACGUGGUAUCUCCGAGCACGACUUUGCCUACCAGGACCCGAAGGUGCUUUCGGUCUUCCCGGCCCGUGGCCCCAGAGCUGGGGGCACCCGCCUUACCCUGCACGGCUCCAAGCUCCUGACCGGGCGGCUGGAGGAUAUCCGCGUGGUGGUUGGUGCCCAGCCUUGUCACCUGCUUCCAGAGCAGCAGUCGGAGGAGCUGCGGUGCGAGACCAGCCCAUGCCCUGCGCCUGCCACGCUCCCUGUGACCGUGUGGUUCGGGGCCGCUGAGCGGAGGCUCCAACACGGCCAGUUCCAGUACACGUCAGACCCCAAUGUCACUUCUGCCAGCCCCGCUAAGAGCUUCCUCAGUGGAGGACGAGAGAUCCGGGUCCGCGGCCAGAACCUGGACGUGGUGCAGACACCAAGAAUGCGAGUGACCGUGACCCUGAGGGUGCCGAGGCCUGGCCAGGGACAAGGGCGGAGGCGCCGCCUGGUCCCAGACAUGGCGUGUUCCCCUGGAGCCUCCUGUAGCGCUCAUCACUUCGAGGAGCCAUGCCACGUGAACUCCUCCCAGCUCAUCUCGUGCCGCACGCCUGCCCUCCCCGGCCUGCCCGAGGACCCCUGGGUCCGGGUGGAGUUUAUCCUUGACAACCUGGUCUUCGACUUCGCCGCACUGAGCCCCACACCCUUCUCCUAUGAAGCCGACCCCACCCUGCAGCCCCUCAACCCCGAGGACCCCACCAUGCCGUUCCGGCACAAGCCCGGCAGCGUGUUCUCUGUGGAGGGGGAGAAUCUGGACCUUGCGAUGUCCAAGGAGGAGGUGGUGGCCACGAUAGGGGACGUCCCCUGCGUGGUGAAGACGCUCACCCGGCACCACCUGUACUGCGAGCCCCCGGUGCAGCAGCCCCUGCCACAGCACCAGGCCCUCCGGGAGGCGCUGGAAGCUCUGCCUGAGUUCACGGUGCAGAUGGGGAACCUGCGCUUCUCCCUGGGCCGCGUGCAGUACGAUGGUGAGAGUCCUGUGGCCUUCCCGAUGGCCGCCCAGGUGGGCCUGGGGGUGGGCACCUCUCUGCUGGCCCUGGGCGUCGUCAUCAUCGUCCUCAUGUACAGGAGGAAGAGCAAGCAGGCCCUGAGGGACUACAAGAAGGUCCAGAUCCAGCUGGAGAACCUGGAGAGCAGCGUGCGGGACCGCUGCAAGAAGGAGUUUACGGACCUCAUGACUGAGAUGACCGACCUCACCAGUGACCUUCUGGGCAGUGGUAUCCCCUUCCUCGACUACAAGGUGUAUGCUGAGAGGGUCUUCUUUCCCGGGCACCGGGAGUCACCCCUGCACCGGGACCUGGGGGUGCCCGAGAGCCGGCGGCCCACUGUGGAGCAAGGCCUGGGGCAGUUGUCCAAUCUGCUCAACAGCAAGCUCUUCCUCACAAAGUUUAUCCACACCCUGGAGAGCCAGCGCACCUUCUCAGCUCGGGACCGCGCCUACGUGGCCUCUCUGCUCACUGUGGCGCUGCACGGGAAGCUGGAGUACUUCACCGACAUCCUCCGCACUCUGCUCAGCGACCUGGUGGCCCAGUACGUGGCCAAGAACCCCAAGCUGAUGCUACGCAGGACUGAGACGGUGGUGGAGAAGCUGCUCACCAACUGGAUGUCCAUCUGCCUCUACGCCUUCCUGCGGGACUCGGUGGGUGAGCCUCUGUACAUGCUCUUCCGCGGGAUUAAGCAUCAAGUGGACAAGGGGCCUGUGGACAGUGUGACUGGCAAGGCCAAGUACACGCUGAGCGACAACCGCCUGCUCCGGGAGGACGUGGAGUACCGGCCCCUGACCUUGAAUGCGCUGCUGGCUGCGGGGCCGGCGGGAGAGGCCCAGGGUGUGCCCGUGAAGGUCCUGGACUGCGACACCAUCUCCCAGGCCAAGGAGAAGAUGCUGGACCAGCUUUACAAAGGAAUGCCCCUCGCCCAGCGGCCCGACCCUCGCACCCUGGAUGUCGAGUGGCGGUCCGGGGUGGCCGGGCACCUCAUUCUUUCUGACGAGGAUGUCACGUCUGAGGUCCAGGGUCUGUGGAGGCGCCUGAACACCCUGCAGCAUUACAAGGUCCCAGAUGGAGCAACUGUGGCCCUGGUCCCCUGCCUCACCAAGCACAUCCUCCGGGAAAACCAGGACUAUGUCCCAGGCGAGCGGACCCCAAUGCUGGAGGAUGUGGACGAGGGAGGCAUCCGGCCCUGGCACCUGGUGAAGCCGAGCGAGGAGCCCGAGCGGCCCCGGCCUCGGAGAGGCAGCCUGCGGGGCGGGGAGCGCGAGCGCGCCAAGGCCAUCCCUGAGAUCUACCUGACCCGCCUGCUGUCCAUGAAGGGCACCCUGCAGAAGUUCGUGGACGACCUGUUCCAGGCCAUCCUCAGCACCAGCCGCCCCGUGCCACUCGCCGUCAAGUACUUCUUCGACCUGCUGGACGAGCAGGCGCAGCAGCACGGCAUCUCCGACCAGGACACCAUCCACAUCUGGAAGACCAACAGCUUGCCGCUGAGGUUCUGGAUCAACAUCAUCAAAAACCCGCAGUUGGUGUUCGACGUGCAGACGUCCGACAACAUGGACGCGGUGUUGCUGGUCAUCGCGCAGACCUUCAUGGACGCAUGCACCCUGGCGGACCACAAGCUGGGCCGGGACUCCCCCAUCAACAAGCUUCUGUACGCUCGGGAUAUUCCCCGGUACAAGCGGAUGGUGGAAAGGUACUAUGCAGACAUCAGGCAGACCGUCCCAGCCAGCGACCAGGAGAUGAACUCCGUCCUGGCUGAGCUGUCCCGGAACUACUCUGGAGACCUCGGGGUGCGCGUGGCCCUGCACGAACUCUACAAGUACAUCAACAAGUACUACGACCAGAUCAUCACCGCCCUGGAGGAGGACGGCACGGCCCAGAAGAUGCAGCUGGGCUACCGGCUCCAGCAGAUCGCAGCCGCCGUGGAGAACAAGGUCACGGAUCUGUAGCCCAGAGCCCUGCCUGGGGGCCAGGACGGCCCGGGCCGCCACGGAGCCCGCCUCCUUAGACCCUGUAGUGACUGACAAGCAGAGUUAGUGAAAGGCGGCCCGUUUCCUGGGCUCUGGACCCACCUCAUGGACUCCAAGGGCAGUGGGGUGGCCCUGCCUGCUCCCCAAGCCCAGGACUCCGUGGGCUGCUUCCGUGUGACGUGUCUCCCGGGAGCAGGAAGCUUGGGACCAAGAGCUUCCAGAGGAUGGCCGGAAGGGCCCGCAGGUCCCUGGGGAGUGCGUGCUACUUGUGAAGACUGGCCGUGUCCCACCAGGAUCAGACCGGAAGGCGGCCCCACCGCCUGUCCUCUGCCACCCCUGACCUCAGUCUAGUUGCCUCUGGCCCUGCUGCUGCUGCCACGUCCACGGUCCGAGGUGAACGCCUUCCCUAGGCUGCUGCGAACUGGCCCGAGCCCGGCUGGCUGCCCCAGGCCACCCUG